UUUACUCACAAAAAUAUAUCCCAGGGCACGAGCCAUGCAAGCUUCCAAAGACCAGCCGGCCACAUACCUACCCUGCCGUAGUCAGCUGCAUCCCUUUGUGCUCAUUCAGUCCUUGCCUGCCUUGCCACAGCUGAAAGGAGAGGGGAUGGUCACAAUCGUGCUUUGUGCUGAAGCUAAACAAUGGUUUGAAUGGGUCUAGAGACAAUGCUGGUGUUAGACUGUCAGAACAAAGGUUCCUCAGCUGAGGAGUCUGUUACUUUGCACCUUCUGUAUAAAGCACGUGUUUAAGCUAGCCCCAGAGUCUAAGCGUGUUUGUUAAUGAGCAUUAGGAUCUGUGACAUUUAAGCUUCAAAACCAAAUGGUGUAUGUCUACAGAUGACAGGACAAGGAGCAGUGGGCUCCAGUUGCAGCAAGGGAAGUUGAGGUUGGGUAUUAGGAUGAAUUUUCUCCCGAGGAGGGUGGUGAAGCACUGGAAUAGGUUACCCAGAGAGGUGGUGCAGUCUCCAUCCUUGGAGGUUUUCAAGACCCCGGUAGACAAAGUCUUGGCUGGGAUGAUGUAGUUGGGCCUUGAGCAGGGGGUUGGACUAGAUGUGACCUUCCCACCCUCAUUGUCUGUGAUACUCACAUUGCCUCAUUGAAAGCAUGAGGUGUUGGUCAUGGGUUUCACACCCCAACUCUUUUGAGUGCUUUGCAGUCAGUCCAGUAAGUUUUAGAAACUAAAUUCAUGGCAGAGGCGUGUGAGAAAUUGGUGACUUGGUCUUUACGGUAAAUUCUGCGGGAUGAAAGCCACUAAUGCCAUUAUUUUGGAUAGGAUCUUAAAAUACACUGAUCCUCUAGUUACUUACCUGAAAAGUCACCAUAACUGGAUUUCAGUCAAAAGAGAUUGAGAAGACAGCAGCACCUGCUUGCAAGACCUGACCAGAGGAAAGCAAAGAAACUUCCUUCACAUCUGGUUGUGUGAAAUGAAACUGCAACUGGUAAAAUACGAUUACUUGAGGUCACGAUGGUUUGCAGCUUAUGCUGCCUAUUCAAAGAGGGGAAGCCCUUUCAGUUAUUCUAUCUGGUUUCUCACAUUUCUGAAAAGUUACCUGCUCUUAGGUUUGCAUCCUGGUCAUAUUCUGUCAGGGUUUGGGUUGGUUUUUUUUUUAUAUUGCAAUAAGUUCAUGACACAUUUUCUUUGUGCUCCUUUAUUUAGCUUGCUAAGUUCAGCUAAGUUUUUUCUAUAUUUGCAACAAUUGCUCCUUGGCUGUUAAGGUUUUGCUUCAGUGAGUGCAGUACUGACCUGACCUGAGUUCAGCAGCCAGCGUAGGUUAGCACAUCACAUACUCGGGACUGUUCGGUGCGACGGUGAAGCAGGCUUUAAUCACGGCUCUUGAAACACCACCCAGCAGUUAGCAUUUUGAGUGGAAGCACUCAGCACUCUUUCAGCCACAGCUAAUUGUCAGUAAAGACCAAAUAAACUGCAGCGAUGACUUCAUUCAGGAAACGUUGAUCCUCAUUAGACAUAGGAGCACUACACGCUGGGCCAAAUGUAGCUGACACCUCCUGUGUGACGGAGGGGAAGUGAAAGUUGAAGUUCAUUUUGGAAACAAAUUUAAGUGCCCUUUGGAAACUUGAACAAGACAUUUCUCCUCGGUCUCCUCUGUCACCACCAUGGUACUCUGCUUCUUCCUGAAGUGGCUUCUCCUGGUCCUAUUUUCAGGUUCCUCGGUCUCAGGAUCUCCAGUGAAAGGCGUGGUGGGUCAGGAUGUCACUUUGUCCUGCCGCUACAGUGUCAGAACAGAGAGCGACCUGACCACGAUGUGCUGGGGCCGGGGGCCCUGUCCUAAUUCUCAGUGUUCAAACCUAAUUCUCUGGACAGACGGCAGGAGGGUGACACAGCGGCAGGACAACAGAUACCAGUUAUCUGGGAACCUGCUGAGAGGGGACGUGUCCCUCACCAUCCGGAGAGCAAGGGAAGCAGACGCAGGGACGUACUGCUGCCGCGUGGAAAUCCAUGGGUGGUUUAAUGAUCAGAAAACCAAUGUGGACGUUGCGAUUGAGAGAGCACCAGCAACGACCUCCACGACAGCCCCUUCCACACGCAGCACUGAACACACCUCAGUUGCUCCAAAUGCCAGUGAAUCGUCCUUUACCAUCUCGCCGACGUGGCUGUUGGUUUCCAGCUCAGAAGUCCCUCCAGACAAUGCGUCUUCUGUCGUUCAUCAGACAAUGGGGGCAGAUCCCAGCAAGGAUGGCGUAUAUAUUGGAAUCGGCAUCUUUCUGGUUUUUUUAGUCAUCCUAGCUGUUGCUUUCUUUCUCUUGAAAAGACAUUUGCCCAAGAGGCAGAAGCUGAGGAACCUUGUAAGCUCAGUCUCCUUCUCCAGGACAGGACACGAGGGAAUCCAAAGUGCGCUAGAAAGCGAUUUCCAUGCAGAGGAAAAUGUUUACACGAUACACGAGCCUGGGUGGGGCAAGCCUGAGAAUAGAGAAAUGACUCUGCUGCGGAGCUUGUUCAGCAUCGAGCGUAUAAAGCUGGUUCUCUCCGGGUGGGGACAUUCCCGGAGUCUGUCCUCCACCAGCAUGUCCCCUUCCCUCUGGCUGCACUGGAUACUGGUACAGAUGUGGAUAGCGCAUGCUGCAUCCCAGACUGUCGUGCGAGGGGUGACGGGGCAGUCUGUCACGCUACCCUGCUUCUACCGCGUUGCAAGAGCGAGUGACGUCACCGCCAUGUGCUGGGGCCAGGGCAGGUGUCCAAAUUCGAAGUGCAGCAAUGAGAUUGUCCGUACUGAUGGGCUGAGGGUCAUCUCUUCGAAGUCUGUGAGAUACCAGCUAACGAAUCGCCUGGGCAUCGGGGACGUGUCUCUGACCAUAAGGAACGUGGACGAAGGAGACGGGGGAAUAUACUGCUGCCGUGUAGAGGUCCCCGGUUGGUUCAAUGACAUCAAACAAAACCUGGAGUUGAAGGUCGAGAGAGCAGUCACAACUCCUCGUCGCCCUCCUCGUCCUCUUCCUCCUCCUCCUCGUCCUCGUCCUCGUCCUCCACCAACAACAGCCCCGGUUCCCGCAGUGGUGACAACCCACCCAGCAAUGCCUCCGGCCUUCCCAACGGACCCGGCUCUCCCAGAUACGACUCUUGCUCCCCAGACGACUGCUUUGGAGACGACCAAUGCCUGGCCGGGACGCCACGGCGUGACAGAGCUCUAUCGCACUUUGGGCUUGAUGACAACUCCUCCUCCUCCUCGACCUCCAACAACAACAGCCCCGGUUCCCGCAGUGGUGACAACCCACCCAGCAAUGCCUCCGGCCUUCCCAACGGACCCAGCUCUCCCAGAUACGACUCUUGCUCCCCAGGCGACUGCUUUGGAGACGACCGAUGCCUGGCCGGGACGCCACGGCGUGACAGAGCUCUAUCGCACUUUGGGCAGGAUCCCAGACUAUGUAGAUGCAUCUCCCAGCACUGAAAGGGCCGAAAGUGAUGAUUUCGCUCUCGUGACUGAAGGUGCUCUCCAUACAGCGAUCACAACUCCUCCUCCUCCUCGACCUUCAGCAACAACAGCCCUGGUUCCCGCAGUGGUGACAACCCACCCAGCAAUGCCUCCGGCCUUCCCAACAGGCCCGGCUCUCCCAGAUACGACUCUUGCUCCCCAGACAACUGCUUUGGAGACGACCGAUGCCUGGCUGGGAUGCUAUGGCAUGACAGAGCUCGAUCGCACUUUGGGCUGGUUCAUCCCGUGGUUUUAUGACAGUUAUCUGACCCACUCAACAAAAAGUCUCUUCAUUACAGGGACUGAUCCACCAGCCACUGUCCAGGACCCCCCUGAGCAGAUGGCUGUGGAUUCUUCUUCUUAUGCUCCAUUUUCCACGAGAGACACCCCUGUUUAUACCCUGGCAGCAGACCGAGAGACUUCCCCAGAGUCACAGCACGGUGAGCCCCCAGAAAACACAGAUCACCUAGGACAGCUGGAGCAGGGGAUCCCAGUGCUGCCCCUCGCCACUGGCGGGGCAGUUGUUCUUCUUGCAUUGAUGCUGCUCUUACUUUACCUGUGGAGAUGUCAACACAAGAGGAAGUAUCAGCUGACCGUUACAGAAAGCACGGCGCCCUCUGAAGAGCCGGAGAAAGCUUUUAGUGGCAUAGAAGGAGAAAACGGCCUUUUCACUCUGUGAGACGGACCUCGCUGCCUUGGGAAAAGUGUCGCAAAGCCGCGAGCAUCUAGAAGAAGCUCCUUUGUGCUCUGCUGAGAAAGAAAGGCUACUUCCUCACUCUCCCUGGCAGCUACAAUGGGUGCAAACGCAGGCACCUGAACUGUGAAGAGUUUAAAGUCUGGAUGUAAAUUUUGCCUCUUGCUGGGUGCACCGACACGUUCGUUAAUGCCCAUUUAGUUUAGUACUUGCUUAAUGAAGUAGGCACUAGUGUCGGUGCACUGUUGUUUGUGAUGCUUACUGCACAGUAGGCUAAAUAACGCUGCACAGGAGCAAAUUAGCACGGUUUUUGGCCAGCACGUUACUGCACAGUGUUAUUAGGCCACUGUGCAGUAAAUGUCUCCUAUUCUUAAGCCCCAGACCUGGAUCCCCUCACUUUAGAGUAACCUUAACAUGUGAGAUCAGUGUUGCUGAUGCCACAAGAAGCAUUUAGGGGUUUAAAGUGACGUGCCUGCUACUAACAGCAGCUGCUGCAUUGGGUCCUGUCUUACUGCCACCUUUUGUUUCCCCCUUAUUGCACUCCCCUUCCUGCCUGAAUGCAGCCUGGGGGGAGCAAACAGGCAAGAGGCAGCCCCUGGGUGAUUAAUGAGUGUUGCUGUGUAAAAAUAACUGAUGAAAAACUUGCUUCGCCUGUGACUUUUGUACCCGGAGUGAAAACCGCAACGAGAACAGAGCUGGUCUGAAGUGAGAGUGUGCAGACGAGGCCCAUGCUCAGGAUGGCUCUCAGAAAAGGUUGGGUUCGUGAGAAUUAGCGUUUUCUGAAUGGAGAUGUGAGCCAAACCUUGGCAUUGUGAAAGCUUUUGAGUCAUUAAUGACCUCAAUGUUUCUCCACC